ACAUAUCCUGAAAUUCCAUUGAACCGAACCACCCUCCUUCCUUGCUCUCUGCUUUCUUUCCUUUCUUUCUCUCUCCGCGACAUUCCUCAGUUCCUCUGAGAGGCGUUGCAGAGAGAGACCCCCCACCCCUAACUUCCCUCUUUCCCAGAUUCCAUAUGGCGCCUUCCAAGUUUUCGUUCGGUGUUUUGACCAUCCUCCCCGCUCUCAUUCUCACCCUCAUCAUGCCCUCUGCUGUUCAUGCUCAAUCCCUUGCUCCCACCCCUGCCCCUACUAGCGACGGGACAGCCAUCGAUCAAGGAAUCGCAUAUGUGCUGAUGUUUUUGGCAUUGGCGCUCACCUAUCUUAUCCACUCGGCCGAUCUCUCUAGCUUCUGAAUUUCAAAAUGGAUAAGUUGAUGGAGAAUGCUAGUUUCAGACUUGAUUGUAUUUGGCCUACACAUUUUGAAUCGGUGAAUUUCUCACACGAUUUCUUCAACAGCUACGUUUUUUCUUCCGUGUGGUCGAACUCACUGGUACUGUAAUACCAGGCUUGUGCUUCCCUACUAAUUUUUCAUACUCAAUUUUAUGACUGUAGUAGACGGUCAUAUUUUCCUGUAAACCAUUACUCGAAUUAGUAUAAUUAUCUUGAUUUGGCGUCAUGAGCUUGUGGUAGAUUCAGCAAGUAAAUUUCCCAGAAUCCAACAAUAGGGCGAUCAUUUUGCAUUUCUGGUAAAUGUUGAAGCAUGAUAUAUAGAGAAGCUGGAAGCAAGGAUCCCAGGACAUUU